AUGUCCUCUAUGCUGCGAGCGACGCGUUGCAUUGGCCAUUCUGCGUCUGGUCGUUUACUCAGGCCGUGCGAUGCGACAUGCAGGCCUCUUGCACGCUAUGUAUCGACUCAUCCCACGAGUCACUCUGCGUCCCCCCUCAGUAGAAGCGUGCAGGGAUUUGUCGUCGGAGCUAUCUCUGCGCUCGCUCUUGGAUACUAUGUUCAGAACAAGAGUCCCGUUUAUCUAGACGGCGCGAAUGUGGUGCAUGGUGAUAAUACUCUCCCGAAACGCACGCCGAAAACCACAAAAGAUCGCUCGCUACCGGAGCCCCCCAGCCCGUCUCAGUAUGCGUCGAGAGAGGAGAUACAACAGGCUAUCGCCGAAUUGCGCAAGGCUCUCCCAAGAGAGGGUGCUGUUGAUACUAACCCAGACGUUGUGCAGACGUAUGGGCACUCUGACAAUUCGUAUCAUCCUACUUCUCCACAUUCCGUCGUGGUACGACCGCGAAGCACGGACGACGUCGUGAAGGUGGUGAACAUUGCACGUAAAUUCAGGGUGCCCAUUGUACCCUACAGUGGUGCAACCAGUCUAGAGGGCCAUUUCUCCGGGCUCUCGACUGGAGACAUAUGUCUAGAUAUGUCCGGAAUGGAUCAGAUCAUCGAAAUUCAUGAGGAUGAUGGCGACCUAGUAUGCCAAUCUGGAGUUCAGUGGGAAACAAUCAACCAAACUCUGAAGGACAAAGGAAUCCCACUGUUCUUUCCUCUUGAUCCAGGACCUGGGGCGACAAUCGGAGGAAUGAUUGGAACGGGCUGUUCGGGAACGAACGCUGUCCGAUACGGGACCGCGAAGGGCGAAUGGUUUUUAAACAUUGCACGUCCAUUUCAUAUUAGCCGUGUGAUUGAGCUUACCGAUGUUCAGACGGCUGUGCUACCUAACGGGAAAGUCAUCAAGACACGUCGGAGAGCACGCAAGUCCGCCGCCGGCUUUGAUACGACCAAGUUGUUCAUUGGCGCCGAGGGAACGCUUGGAAUAGUGACUGAAGCCACUUUGCGCCUGGCCCCAGUGAUACCCACUAAAGUUGCUAUGGCACAAUUUCCCGAUGUUGAACGCGCGGUUGGUGCAGUCCAAGAGAUACUCAAUAGUCCUCAUGGUCCUCACCUCCAAUGUGUAGAGCUACUUGACGAUAAUAUGAUGGCUGCCAUAAACACUGCCGGGGAGGUGUCGAGGAACCUGCCAGUUAGCGACACGUUAUUCUUCAAGAUCCAAGGCGACGAAGCCGCUAUCACCGCAACUGCGCGAGCUGUACAGGAAGCUGUUCGGCGACAUGGAAGCACUAAUUUCGAAUUUGCUCAGACGGACGAAGAGGCGAGUGAACUGUGGGAGAGCAGGAAAUAUGCUCUCAUCAGCACUCUCGGUAGUGUGCCCGGAGCGCGAUGCUGGACGACUGACGUAUGUGUCCCACCCUCUCGCCUUCCUCAACUUGUGUAUGAGACAAAGAAGGACCUCGUAGAGCAGAAGCUACAGUCAACCAUCGUCGGCCAUGUCGGGGAUGGUAAUUUCCAUGCUCUGCUUCUCUUCAAAGACGACAAAGAACUCGAAGUCGUCACGGACGCUGUGCAUCGAUUGGUGGAGCGUGCAAUUAGACUUGACGGGACGUGUACGGGCGAGCAUGGCGUAGGUGUGGGCAAGAAGGAAUACCUUGUGCAGGAGCUCGGUGAAGAUACGGUCGAGCUUAUGAGGACGAUCAAACGUGCUAUCGAUCCGUUAAACAUCAUGAACCCCAGCAAGUUAUACCCAAACCCUCCAGAGCCUAAGAAGAGGGACGACUAA